CUCUUAGCUCCUUCCCAUUUUGGAUCCCCUUCAUAUUUUCUCUUUCUCAAAAAAAGAAAAAAAAACAUUCAUGGAGAAGAAUAAUGAGAAGGAAACACACGAUUUCAUGAACGUGGAAUCCUUCUCUCAGCUUCCCUUUAUCCGCCCUUCCCUCGUUAAAGAAAAGGGUAUUCGUUUAUUCGGCAAGGAAUUCGGCGGCUGCGACGGUGGUGACUGGGCUACGGCCGCCACCAUCAACGACUCAGAGCCAAACUCAGCUCAGAACAACGAAGACACGACGAAGGAAAACGAUAAGGAAGAAUUUAACAACAAUAAUAAUAUCAACAGAAGAUUUGAGUGUCACUAUUGUUGCAGAAACUUCCCCACAUCCCAAGCUUUAGGUGGUCACCAAAACGCUCACAAAAGGGAACGCCAACACGCGAAACGACAUCACCUAACCACGCACCACAAUUCUUCUGCGUCCGAUGCUCAUAAUAUUUAUGGGGUUUUCAACUAUAAGCUAGCCGUAGCUCAACCAACGCCGUCAAUGGCGGCUUACCCUUCGUGGAACAAUAGCAUUAACAGUAGUAUGAACAUCCGUAAUGGUAGGUUUUAUGGGAACCAAGGCUCGUUUUCUCAGCCACCGCUCAUCAAUGGCAGCCCACUGGGGUUCAUGAGAAUCCCUACUACAGUUCAGAGUAACUCAUGUAAUUUCAAUCGUGACCGUUCGACGACGCACGAUGAGUUGAAGGUUCCGUCACAGGUGGUGGUCGGUGGUUCGAGUUCCCAGAGUCGUGGGUACGUUUAUGGAUCAAAACCUAGCGUUGGUGACCAUGUUAGCUUGGAUCUACAUUUGUAAUGAGUUCCCAGAUUGUUUUGAACGUACAUCAGCUUCUUGUCUUGUGGUGUGCAAAAACACUCAGUUUCAUUGUUAGAGGAGUGAAGAAAUUUGCUGAUAGGGGUUUAGUUUAAGCAUCAGCAACUGAUCUAUAGCAGGGACAUAAUUGAUUUCAAUACUUUCUCUCGCAACUCAAGUUCCAUAUGCUUCAUAAACAAA